UGGCUGGGACACACCACGCUGCUGCUGCUGUAGGAAUGGACGCCUUCGAGUUGUUUCGGAAACUCGGAUCUGGGGCUAAAUUUGACUUGAAGAGGUUUGGCCAAGACGCCGCUCGGUUUAAGGUUUCCAGAUCUCAAGUUGGGGAAGCGUCCUCAGAUGCUCUCUCUGCUAUCGACUACUUUGGUACAGGACCAACCAAUGGAUCCCAGAGCAGUCCUGCAGGACUAGAGGAGGAGGAUGGAGAGGAAGAGGAGGUGGACAGUGAAAGUGUUGAUUCUGGUGCAGGAGGCAAAAGAAAGCGACAGGAUGGAAGUGUGAAGACAAAAAAGAAAAAGAGAAAAAGUAUCCAGGUGGAAGAGAAAGCUGUUGGUGGACCGCUGAAAGCCUCGGGGGGAAGCGGCAUCACCUGGACCUCCUCACUGGACACAAAGAUCCAGAACCUGCCGAGUGACGGGAAGGAGAAAUCCUCACUGAAGAGGCUGAAGCACCUUCAUCAGGAAAAGGUCAAUCGUAUUCGCUCUCAACACCGUAUAAACGUGCACGGCUGUGAUGUUCCCGACCCCGUGUGCACCUUUGAGGAGCUCCAGUCCGAGUAUCGCCUGAACCCGUGUGUCCUCCAGAACCUCAGAGACGCAGGGCUGAACUCCCCGACGCCAGUUCAGAUGCAGGCGAUACCACUCAUGAUGCAUGGUCGGGAGCUCCUGGCCUGCGCUCCCACUGGAUCAGGAAAGACUUUGGCUUUCUGUCUCCCGCUGCUCGCACACCUGCAGCAGCCGGCCAACCGGGGCUUCAGAGCCGUGGUCAUCUCCCCGACCAGAGAACUGGCCAGCCAGACCUACAGAGAGCUGCUCCGUCUGUCAGAAGGAGUGGGAUUCAGAGUUCACAUUAUAGACAAAGCCUCUCUCGCAGCCAAAAAAUAUGGACCACAGUCAAACAAAAAAUACGAUAUACUCGUCAGCACUCCAAACAGACUUGUCUUCCUCUUAAAACAGGAUCCUCCGGCUCUCGACCUCAGCAGUGUGGAGUGGCUAGUUGUUGAUGAGUCCGACAAGCUGUUUGAAGGCGGGAAGACGGGCUUCAGGGAGCAGCUCGCCGCAGUCUUUCUGGCCUGCUCUGGCUCAAAGGUGCGGAGGGCUUUCUUCAGCGCUACGUGCACGCCAGAUGUAGAGCAGUGGUGCCGUCUAAACCUAGACAACCUGGUGUCUGUCAACAUCGGGCACCGAAAUACGGCUGUGGAGACGGUGGAGCAGGAGCUGCUGUUUGUCGGCACAGAGGACGGUAAACUGGUGGCCAUGAGGGACAUCAUCAAAAAAGGUUUCCUCCCUCCCAUGCUGGUGUUCGUGCAGUCUAUAGACCGAGCACGGGAGCUUUUCCACGAGUUGGUGUACGAAGGCAUCAAUGUAGACGUGAUCCACGCAGACCGCACACAGCAGCAGAGGGACAACGUAGUGAACAGUUUCCGGUCCGGUAAGAUCUGGGUGUUGAUCUGCACCGCUCUGCUCGCCAGAGGAAUCGACUUCAAAGGAGUCAACCUUGUGCUGAACUACGACUUCCCCACCAGCUCUGUGGAGUACAUCCACCGAAUCGGUCGGACAGGUAGAGCUGGACAUCUGGGGAAAGCCAUCACCUUCUUCACAGAAAAUGACAAGCCACUGCUGCGCAGCAUCGCCAAUGUUAUAAAACAAGCUGGCUGUCCUGUACCCGACUACAUGAUUGGCUUCAAGAAGAUACACAGCAAAGUGAAGCGGAGACUGGAGAAGAAACCUCCCAAGAGAAGCACCAUUUGCACAACACCUCGCUUCUUGAUGAAGAAAAAAGGCAAAGCAGCAAAUAAAGGACCAAGGGGAGAGAAGCAGGCAGCGGGUGGAGAGCAGAAAGGAGAAAAUAGAUCUCAAAGAGCAGUGCAGCCGCAGAAAGGGAAAAAGAAGACACAAGGACAGGAGCUGAAGAGAGGAAACAAAACACAGAAAGUAGGGGGAAGAGAAAAACACAAGGCGUCUCAGAAGACGGCAUCAAAUUCCUCUGGAGCCAAAUUAAAAAAGAAGAACGUGAAGAAAAAUAAGCCACAAGAAUAGAGGAGAAUGAUACAAGCAGACUGACAGGAGGAUGGCCCUGGAUUUCUUUUUUUUAAAAUGUGUGUGUGUGUGUGUAUAUACAUAUCAAAUUAUGUAUAUAUAUAUAUAUACAUAUACAUACACACACACACACAUCUUGCUACCUGGUUUACUGCUAAUUUUCACAUUCACAUCAAUAAAAUAAAAUGUAUAUAUAUAUGUCUUUUUUUUUCUCACAUUUCUUACAUUUGUCCCCCUGUAACUUGUGAAACUGACUGAACAUUUAGACAGAAAUUCCUUGAAAAAAAUAAAAAGGCUUUCAUAAGUGA